AUGACACUUUAUCGUUCAUUCAACCACGGUCCCGUAGCAAUGCACUAUAGCCAUGCAUAUAAUAAACCAUUUCACGCAGAAAUGGAUGAGCCGUUUACAACUCCACCUUCAUUUGGUACAGCUUACUCGGAUGGUCCCUCUUAUACCAAAAUGAGAAAACCAAAUCCACCGAAUCAUUUCGAUAUCGGAGGUGGAAUUCUUAACUUUGGCAGAAAUGUCGAUGGAAACAUCGUGAGAAUUGGACAAUCAGCAACAUCAUAUGUAUAUAAUUUUGUUUAA